UACUAGAUGGAGCAAGCUGACGCGUAGAAUUCGACAUUCAGGUAUUUUACGCUCAGUGUGUUUAGAAUAAAAGGACAUUUUCCCAGAGUUCUCCGCCUUGUGGGCUUGGCUAUAGAUGUUAUAGGCUUACAGCUAUCCUGAAGUCUUACUUCUUACCAGUUUCCACCUGUCACAUCUGGCAGGAACGGGAAAAGAUACACACAUCAGUUUCCCUUUUAUUACCUUCUUUAAUUUACCCGCGAUUAAAGGAUCUACUUUGUUCGUACAAAUUGGCUCCGAUUGAGUUACUAUGCUGAUCCAACAAAUUAGAUGAGCUGAGUGUCGAUGUUAGAAGAACGCCGAAAGGCAUACUUUGCCGCUCCAAGACGCCGAUCAGAUCGCAUCCCGAUACGGCGUGUGCGAAACAAUGUAAUUUAGAAAGCGAGUUUCACCGCCAGAACUGUGACUUAAAAGUUGGGACAAAGUACAAACUGGACAGCGCAGAUAAUUCAUAUGUAGACUGCAGUAAAGACGAGGCGGAAGAAAUACUGUCACAUAACAUCAGACGAUGACCCGGUGUACGAGGUCCUGCAUGUAGCUGUCAUGAUGUGGAUCGUUUAUUUGUUUGCAUUAGUGGACGUUUGUAUACCGGUGGAAGCGGACUGUGAGCUGAGCGCAAUUCUAGCUCAGGAAGAGGAGGACUGCUACGGUGUUCUGUCUCAGCAAAAUUUGUCCGAAAUCGGAUACACCACUGAAGCAAUUUGUGAAGGAAUGUGGGACCAACUGAUCUGCUGGCCAUCAUCCAUUAUUGGUAAAACGGUGGCUGUGCCCUGUCCUAAUUUCCUUAUUGCACUCACAGGAACUGAAGGAUUUGUCUACAGAAAUUGUACCAGUCAUGGUUGGUCAGAUUCAUUUCCUAGACAUGAUGUUGCAUGUGGAUUGAAUCAUAACAGCACAGUUGAAGAAGUGAGUAAUUCUUACUUCAUGAAUCUGAAGACUGUCUACACAGUUGGAUAUAGCACAUCCAUGGUGUCUUUAAUAAUUGCAAUUGCAAUUCUUUGUUUUUUUAAGAAACUUCAUUGUUCACGGAAUUUCAUUCACAUGCAGCUGUUUGUGUCUUUUGUACUCCGAGCACUUUCUGUACUCAUUAAAGACAGAAUCUUGUUUUCUUCUGAAGACAUCUAUCAUUGUAAUGUUGAAUGGGAGGGAUGUAAAUUUGCAUUAUUUUUCUUUCAUUACUGCAUCAUGGCCAACUAUAGCUGGCUGCUGAUUGAAGGACUUUAUCUCCACACCUUACUGGUUGUAUCAUUCUUCACAACGAAAAAAUAUUUUUGGUGGUACAUAUCUUUUGGCUGGGGUUCACCAAUGAUAUUUGUUGUUGCUUGGUCUAUUGCACGCAAAUUGCAUGAUGAUGUGGGAUGCUGGGAAAAUGAAAAUCUUCAAAUCAAGUGGAUUAUUAAAGGACCAAUAAUUAUAACCAUUUUUAUCAAUUUUAUAUUCUUUGUGAACAUAAUAAAAAUACUUAUUGGCAAAUUAAAGACAAUGGAUACUUCACAAAGAAAGGAUUUUAGCCAAUACAAGAGACUGGCAAAGUCAACCCUUUUGUUAAUACCUCUCUUUGGCAUGCAUUACACCGUACUGGCAUUCAUCCCUGGAAAUGUGAGCAGUCAGGUUUUUUAUGCCCGGUUGUUCUUUGAACUUGGGAUUGGAUCAUUUCAGGGCUUUGUGGUUGCAGUUCUGUAUUGCUUUUUAAAUGGAGAGGUACAAAGUGAAAUAAGGAGAAAAUGGGGACGAUGGAGACUGAAGAAACAUUUUUAUUCAGACUCAAGGAAUAAUCGCAGCUCUAUCAGUAAUGGAGGUAGUGGUGUCACACAGGUCUCUCUGUCAACACGGGUACGCAGGAAAAGUAGUCUGGAAAGCUCAAGCUUGGUGUGAACAGUGGACAAAUAAUCUUAAAGAAAGAAAAGGAUUCUGGUGGUAGAGAAGCUUAGCAUGCAAAGUGUUUGGAUGCCAAAGUGUGACUGCAGAUUACAAAACAAAUGAUGGUUGAUUUUAUUCGAUCAACUUAUUUUAUUAUGGCAUUCAUUAACUUGCAAUAUGCUGAGCUAAGAUCAAGACGUUCUGCACUCUGUAAAUGUGGCACUAAAAUAAAAAGUCUGUGAAGGAAAGAACUGGCACAAUAGGCAGGAAAAGAAGAUUUCAGAAAAGGCUCAAGACUUUAAAUAAAUGUUGUCCAUGUUAAGGCUGUCUUUAUAUGGAGACCCUGCAAUCCAAGAUGGACUUGGUAACUGAAGUGGAUGGAUAGGAGGAAAAGGAAGCCACUGAUCCCCCUAAGGAGUUAGCACUGCUUACAGCCCCAAUUAAAAUGGUGUCAUUGAUUUCAUAUUGUGGCGAACAUAAACAGAACUUUCUUGUACGCUGCAUUGAAAGUGUGAUUAA